ACGGACACAACCAUCGUGAAGGUUGGGUUGGUUCAAGCAUGUUAUGAACCGAAGAUUUACCAUAAGAGGCAAAUGCAGAGGAAGCAGUAGCACACGCAUUACCAUUUCGUGAAACAAGAAAAUAAAAUUCUGACUUUGGACACAUAAUUGAAGAGGAGUCAGAAGAAAGGUGGUGGUGGUGUUGAGAAAACGCAAAAAGAGAAUGAAGAGAGGAUAAGUUCCUCUCUCGAUAACAGAAAUCAAAGAACCCUUUUGAUAAGUUUGUUUGGAGGAAAAGAUGAGUAGGGGAACUAUGGAAGAUGUGGCAAUAAUUGGAGGAUUGGUUGGAGUCCAAUUUAUUUAUGCAGGAAAUGCUGUGUUCAUGGGUUAUGCACUGUCAUUAGGCUUCAGCUCUCUCACCAUUAUCAUUUUGACAUCUUUGGCUACAUUCCUUAUUCUGUUCCCCGUUUCAUUUUUCUUUGAAAGGACUAAGUGGCCGAAGAAUUGUGAUUUCAAGUUGACUAAACAGCUAUUAUGUCUAUCGUUUGGAGGACUGCUGUUCCAGUAUUUAUUCCUCAAAGGACUCGAUCUAACUUCGCCAGCAAUGGGAACUGCUAUGCCAAACAUUGCCCCAGGUCUUAUCUUCCUCAUUGCAUGGAUUUCUGGGUUAGAGAAAGUGGACUUAAGGAAUCAGUAUAGCAAAGUAAAAAUCAUGGGAACAGUGCUCUGUGUCUUGGGAGCUCUCACAAUGAGCAUAAUGCAAAGCAUUUCGACUGGUGCACCGGAGAAAAAUUCCACAUUUCCAUUAUCAAAGACUCCGUCAGGUUUUGUCUUUAACACGCAAAAGAUGAUCGGUUGCUUCUAUCUCGUGGUUGCAGUCGUGAUUUUGUCGAGCAACGUCGUUCUGCAGGCUUUUACUCUCGGAGAUUUUCCGGCACCGAUGUCCUUGGGUGCAGUAACGUCCUUGUUGAGCGCAUUCAUGACUGCAACCGUUCAGGUACUUGAAAAACACAGGCUGAAAACUGGGCAGCUUCUUGUGAGGUCUGGAAAUUUAAUUGGCUAUUUUAUUCUGGCAGGUGCUGUGAGUGGAAUAUGCCUGAGUUUCAACGGGUGGGCACUGAAGAAAAAAGGGCCAGUGUUUGUCUCCAUGUUUAGCCCCAUUGGUACAGUGUGCUCUGUAAUUUUCGCGGUUAUUAAACUUGGAGAAAGUAUGAGUACCGGAAGUCUUGGAGGCAUGUUUCUCAUGUUCAGUGGACUCUACUUGGUUCUCUGGGCUAAAGGGAAAGAAGGACUGCCAAAUGGAGAUAGCUUAGAGAAACAUUGAAACAGCUGCUUCCUUCACGUAGUGGUGACAGAGAAUUCCCAAGAGCAUACUGUAAAAAGGUAGAAGUCUCUUGGAUUUCAAAAAAUAUAUAUUUGGUUUUUCACGUUGGAUCAAGCAAACAAAUUUUCGCAAUUCAUAUUCAAGUUAUGCUACUAUGAACAGCUUCUAGAUCCCGAAGUUUUGUUUUUGUCUUUAUGAAAUUCCUGGGUCAGAUAGGUGCAACAUUUUAAGAUGCAAGGGAAUGCAAAAAUAUGCCGGUAUUGUUAGAUGAAAUUGAAUAAUAUAUUUGAAAAAAUAUGUGAGAAAAUAGCUAGGUCACAUUGUGUUCCAUGGUUUG